ACUUGAAGGUUUCUGACGGGGAAGAGGAGCGGGUCGGGCUGAGGCGCCCUCAGAUCCGUCUGGACCGCGUUUAUUUCGUCGCUGUAAUUUCUAUCCAGCUGAGUUGUCACGUUUUUCUGACUCACUUUAGUUUUUCCACUAUCCGCGGAUAGUCAAGACCGCAGAAGUUCGCUGAAAAGUUUUUUUUUUCAUCCUGUUCGGCCGCUUCUCUUAAUGAUGUUGGCAGGAGACGCACCGACAGCAGCAGCGUCGGCCGGUUGUGUUGAGGCGCUCUCGGACUGCUAAGUUUCGGGUCACCUGAGACAGAUUUCACUUCCUCGUCAGGACUCGAUGUGUGUUGCGCUUCGCCAUCAGCUGUCGGUUGUUUGCUUCGUGAAUGGGAGAUCUGGCUGCUGCCGCCUACACGAGAACGGACGUCGGCCAGUAGCCGAAUCACCUGUUGUUGUCUUUGCCUGCAAACAGGUACUGUAGGUGUGCGUGUGUGCCAGCUCUAAUGAUAACAGCUAGAGAGCAUCUCCUGUGAGAGGAUUGAGCCGCCUCACCAUGACAGAGGUCCAGACUCCAUGGCCGCAGGGCACAGAGUGUGUGGCAAGGUACAACUUCAAGGGCACAUCAGAACAGGACCUGCCGUUUAACAAAGGAGACGUGUUGACUAUUAUUGUCGUCACGAAGGAUCCAAACUGGUACAAAGCGAAAAAUGCUGCAGGUUGCGAGGGAACGAUUCCAGCCAACUAUGUUCAGAAAAGGGAAGGUGUGAAAUCUGGAGGCAAGCUGAGUCUAAUGCCAUGGUUUCACGGGAAGAUAACGCGGGAUCAGGCGGAGCGGUUGCUUUACCCUCCUGAAACAGGCCUGUUCUUGGUACGAGAGAGCACCAACUUCCCCGGCGACUACACCCUGUGUGUGAGCUGCGAUGGCAAGGUGGAGCACUACCGCAUCAUCUACCACAACGGCAAGCUCACCAUCGAUGACGAGAUGUAUUUUGAAAACCUCAUGCAGCUGGUUGAGCACUACACCAAAGAUGCAGAUGGCCUGUGCACCAGACUAAUAAAGCCAAAGCUGGAGGAGGGGACGGUGGCCGCUCAGGAUGAGUUUUCUAGGAGUGGCUGGUCGAUGAACAGAAAGGACCUCAAGCUGCAGCAGGUUAUUGGAAAAGGAGAGUUUGGAGAUGUCAUGGUGGGAGAUUACAGAGGGACUAAAGUAGCUGUGAAGUGCAUAAAAAAUGAUGCGACCGCACAGGCUUUUAUUGCAGAGGCUUCUGUCAUGACGCAAAUGCGGCAUGACAACCUGGUGCAGCUGCUCGGAGUGAUUGUGGAGGAGAACGGGAGUCUGUAUAUAGUUACUGAGUACAUGGCCAAGGGCUGUUUGGUUGACUACUUGCGCUCCAGAGGCCGGACAGUACUCGGUGGAGACGCUCUCCUUAAUUUUGCACUAGACGUCUGUGAAGCAAUGGCAUACCUUGAGGCCAAUAACUUUGUCCACCGAGACUUAGCGGCCCGCAACGUUCUCGUGUCGGAAGACAACAUAGCCAAAGUCAGUGACUUCGGACUGACCAAGGAGGCCUCCUCCACGCAGGAUACUGCGAAGCUGCCUGUGAAGUGGACGUCACCAGAGGCCCUCAGAGAAAAAAAAUUUUCCACCAAAUCAGACGUUUGGAGCUACGGUAUUUUGCUUUGGGAGAUUUACUCUUUUGGACGAGUUCCUUAUCCGAGAAUUCCAUUAAAAGACGUUGUGCCUCGGGUGGAGAAGGGAUAUAAGAUGGACUGUCCAGAUGGCUGUCCCGAGGUGGUGUAUAACAUCAUGAAACAGUGCUGGAACCUAGAUCCUGCUGCUCGACCAAGCUUUCAGAUGCUGAAGGAGUGGCUACAGCAUAUCAGCCAAGGGAUGGGGAGAAAACAAUGAGAGAUCUGACACAUAAAUGACUUUGCGCCUUCAUUUCGACCACUUGGACCAUAACCUGGCACGAAAAUUUGAUUUCAAGAUGUAUUAUUUGGCAGACGAUGAAGUUUGUUUUCACACUUUGUCAAUAUACUGUCUUUAGUUUGUGUUUCUGAGUGUCAUGCCUCACCUCAAGCUGUUCAAACUGCAGUAACUCUUAAUUCCUGGCUCAGUCAACCUACUAAGUCUUCCUGUGCUCGGUUAUCAAGAGUGAAUGAUUAACUGUCAUAUCGAUGAGUCCUUUCAUAGUACACAGUGCUGCCUCAGAGCCACAGUGCCUUGACCUGUUUAAUUUUUAUGUAUUAUAUGUCCUUUACGUUGAUAUCUUUGGUCAUACUGAUGCCAUUAUUUCAUUUUAUGAACGUGUCAACAGUAACAUCAUUUGACUAAGUUGACUGAAUCCAUUGUAUCCGUUUAAAGAAGAAAGACGCUUCAGAAGUAGUAAUACAGUUUUGAUAUGUCCUUACUCGCUGUAUUAUUUUUGACAGUUUCCAGGUACAUCGUUUUGCAUGAAUGUUGAAUUGUUUUGUUAAAAGGACUAAGUUAAAAAAUAACUAUAAAUAUGCAGCUUUAUUUUUUCAUUGUUAUGUAUAAAUAAAAAAAAAUAUGUUAUGCGUACUCUUGGGUCCAUCUGUAAGUCAAGACAGGAAGCACAAGAGUGGCCAAACGUCACCUUUACUACUGAUACAGUAACAUCAUUCAGCUCAGUCAUGCAGACAUCAUUCCCAUAUACAAAAUUUUGCAUCUGACAACAAUAAAUGGUUUAUUUUAGGAAUCUUUAGAGUUAAGCAAAUAAUAUGAAUUUUGUAUGUAGUCAGAAAAGGAGAAUGUUGAUAAAUGUACUGUGUUGCUAUUUCAACAAUAAAAAAUUAUACAU